CAAAAAUGAAAAAUGGAUUAAAAGUGUUAUUUGGAAUUUCAUUUUUAGUUUUAAUUGAUGCUAAACCAAAAAAAGGGGGGAGGAGGGUGGGUUACGGUGUUGUCUUCUCCAGUCUUAGUUGUUCACCGUCUUCAAUCCAGUCCUUCAACCGAUCGCCUUUCUAGGGAUGUACGGGGGAAGAUGACGGGCAGUGCCAAAUCAAAUCUAGGGUUCAUCAUCAUCGCCUUCUUUUUCUCGGGCUAUUGCGGAGGGGAAUCUUCCACGUGUUUGACGGUUUACAAACAAGGAGGAGCUCCCGCUGUGUUUCAGUCCCCCAAAUGUCCUCGUUGGAAUUGGCCUUCUCCUUCUCGCUCCCGCACUGGGGAUGCUCGUUGCCACACGGCUGCCCUUCAAGGCCGCCGCAAAUACCAAGAGGACCGUCUUCUUUGUGCUCUUGAUCUCCGCAUUCCCUUUCCCGGGAAGAGUGGAACCAAGGAUGUUUUGGUUGGGAUUGCCGCUGUCUUUGACGGCCACAAUGGUGCAGAAGCCAGUGACAUGGCCUCCAGACUUUUGUUGGAUUAUUUUGCCUUGCACAUCAACUUCCUCUUGGACGCAACCUUUUCUUCUAUGACCACCCCCACGAAGCAGCUGAUUCGAAGGUUACCAAGUAAUGGAGAUCACCCUGUUAUUCCGCUUCGUGAUGAAAUCAUGCAUCUAUACAACCUGGAUCCUAAUAUGCAAACGAGAGACCCAUCGCCAUUAAAGUUUGAUGAUUCUCUUCACUUGAAUAUAAUUAAGGAAGCAUUGCUGAGAGCGAUCCAUGACAUUGAUGCCACAUUUACAAAGGAAGCAUCUAACCGAAAGUUGAAUUCAGGUUCUACGGCUACAGUUGCACUUUUCGCUGAUGGUCAACUAAUGGUUGCCAGUAUCGGUGACUCUAAGGCACUCUUGUGCUCCGAAAAGUUUGAGACUCCGGAUGAAGCUAGAGCUACUUUAGUGAAGCUGUACAGGGAGCGAAGGCGCAAUCCAGACUCUUCUUCCCCAUCACGGUUCUCUGACUUCAAACUGGAACAUAGCAAUGGGCGACUGCGUUUGAUUGCCAAAGAAUUGACAAAAGAUCAUCAUCCAAAUAGAGAAGAUGAAAAAAAUCGUGUUGAAGCUGCAGGAGGUUAUGUCACUGAAUGGGCCGGUGUGUCACGAGUAAACGGUCAACUAGCUGUCUCCCGUGCAAUUGGCGACCUUACUUUUAAAAGUUACGGUGUCAUCUCUGCACCUGAGGUGCUAGACUGGCAGCCGCUACUGGCUAAUGACAGCUACUUGGUAGUGUCAUCUGAUGGCAUCUUUGAAAACUUGAAGGUGCAAGAUGUAUGUGAUCGUCUGGGGGAAGUAAACAAUCAAACCAGCUAUGGUGCAGGACUGCCUUCUUACUGCUCUGUUUCUUUGGCAGACUGCUUGGUGAAUACUGCCUUUGACAAGGGAAGCAUGGAUAACAUGGCUGCUGUUGUUGUUCCUCUAAAAUCUAAUCUAGUUUCUCAGCUUCAACGGAAGGAGCAGAGUAUUGGUAACAACAAAUAUAAGAUCAAUUCAGCACUGACGAGUAACACAUGUGCACUACCACUACCUGGUGAUAUAAGUUCGGGUCCAUUGCAAUUCAAGCAGGCUCAACCACAUGCAACCAUGUUCAACAGGUUACUGGUUGAAGUUAAAAACGGAAGCUUUUACUGCUUUUAUAUGUCAGAGCACCUUAUGGGUACGUCUCUGGGACAAAUGGACAAUUUGAAUGAUUACAUGAGUGACUUGCCUCAGGUUCUACCUGCAUCUGUUGAGCCAUUCUCUGGCUGGUGCUUGCCUUCUGCGACGGCUACUAACGAGAAUCAAGACCAGUGUAUCAAUCCUGAUAGCUUUGCUACUUUCCUUGGGUUACUUGAAUCUGUACCCUUCCAUGGUUUUGGUGCUAAUAACGGGACGGAGGAAAUUCCAUUUCCGGACUCGAGCUAUGUCCUGAAGAAAAAAUUUGGGCGUGGUGCAUUUGGUGAGGUAUGGUUGGCAUUUCACUGGAAUUGCUAUCAAGGAAGUAACGCUACUAGUUGGAUCCAGGAAGAUGAGAAUACAUCAAAAAGUGGUGGUCAUACCAACGAAUACGUUGAUAACGUAACUAGCAGUACAUCUACAGAUCAUUAUGAUGCUAAUGCUCCUGAUAACUCCUUCAUUUUGAAGCGUAUAAUGGUAGAGAGAGGACCAACUGUAUAUUUAAGUGGUCUAAGGGAGAAACAUUUUGGUGAACUGUUUCUAAAUGCAUACAGCAUAAGUGGAAGUUCUUCAGCGCAAACGUCAAGUCCUCAAUCAGCAUCAUCAGAACUAGAUCUCUCUGAAGAGGGUUUGAAACAUAUUGCAAGAUACAUAGAGUAUUUUGAAUCUCGAUAUAAUGACAUAUGGCUUGUGUUUCAUCACGAGGGUGUGUCUUUAUCAAAGCUGAUGUACACUGUGGAAGAAGCAGAGAAUAUCCCUGCUGGUGAAAAGGCUGAAGAGGCAAGUCAUGGGCAGAUACUUCGUCCGUCAAACUGGUGGAAAUGGUUGAAGACAACAGAUUCAGGAAAAGAAGAAAUGCGCAGAAUAAUAUGGCAAUUGUUGCUGGGUCUAAAGGCCUGCCAUGAUCGCAAUAUUACUCACAGAGAUAUAAAACCCGAGAAUAUGGUGAUAUGCCUUGAAGACAUCAAGUCAGGCAGAUGCUUAAAGGGUGCACCAAAAGGAGAUUAUAACUUCAAAACUAAAAUGCGCAUCAUCGACUUUGGCAGUGCACUUGAUGAAUUCACAAUGAAACAUUAUUAUGGUUCAGUAGGUCCUUCAAGAGCAGAACAAACUCAUGAUUAUGCACCGCCCGAAGCCAUUCUGAACAGCAGCUGGCACCGUGGGCCGACCAGUUUGACAAUGAAAUACGAUAUGUGGAGUGUUGGGGUUGUGAUGUUAGAAAUGAUUUUAGGAUCACCAAACGUUUUUGAUAUUAGUUCUGUUACACGUGCCCUUUUGGAUCAACAUAUCAGAGGUUGGAGUGAAAACUUUAAAGAGCUUGCAUACAAACUUCGAUCCUUUAUGGAAAUGUGCAUCCUAAUCCCAGGUAGCUCUUUAAAACAUGGUGGAGCCAGCUCAAAGCAGGGUGGGAUUUCGCUUGCGUCAUGGAAAUGCUCUGAAGAAUUUUUUGGAGAACAGAUAAAGAGUAGAGACCCUCUUAAAAUUGGGUUUCCUAAUGUUUGGGCUUUAAGGUUGGUGCGGAGUCUAUUACAGUGGUACCCUGAGGACAGAAUGAAUGUUGAUGAAGCUCUGCAGCACCCUUAUUUCCAGCCUCCCCCGAGCUCCUGAUUGUAGAGAAAAAAAGGAGGAUACGGUUUCUCUUGCCGCAGUUAUAAAUUGGCAAACAAAACAAGCGGUGGUUUGAUGAUUGGGGAACAUCCUUGUCUUGAAGAAAUUUAGAAGUCUGUAGAGAAGACUUGAGUUGUAUAUCAACGUAUCUCACAAGUCGAUUCCCUUUGUGAAAUAUGAAUGAAUAAAUAGUCCAAAAGGGAAGUGAGGAAGCACAAAAGGUUGUGGAUAAAAAUAGAAAACAUUGUUACAAAGUACUUUUGAGUCUCUUACCUGUAAAUUGCUGAAAUUUCGUGUUAAUAUUUGUUGUCUUUACAAAUUAGUACAAUCUUUCUUGGGAAAGUAAACUCAUUAGGAUUUUAACA